AAUUUCAACCAUGCGUUCAAAGCUAUUGUUUAAAAAUGCAGGUUGGGGAGUAUUUGUAUAAUACUUAUAAACAAGUUGAUUAAGAGUUUUGACAUAUAGACAAUUUUUCUAUACACAUUGACUAAUUUCUGGUUAUAGCCUAGGUAUAUCUAAAGUUAAUUUGGAUAAGCCUGCUUUCAUGAUAGUUGUUAUAUGUAUUGUUUUAACUUUACAUUUUUGUUUAUAUAUACUUUCUUGCAAUAACUAAAUUUACCAUUAUCAUUGGUUUAUAUUUGCGUAGCUGAACGCUCUCGCCAUUAUUUACUUUUGUUGUUUUUAACAUUGUGUUUUGUUGCAUGCACAUACUUUUAUUUACGCUUAACCAUUUAUUGUGUUCAAAUUUUUGCUACUCCACAAUCUAUCUAUAGACUAGUAUAUUCCUAAGCUUUUUUUAACACUCCUUACUACGUAAUGUGCAUUUUUGCUUUUACUACUUGGUUAUGGAAUAUGCGAGGACAUCCAUCGCAGCUUUUGUGAUAUGCCAUUUAACAUAUUGUAUAGAUUUUCAAUAAAAAAAAGUUUUUAGAUCGGCUUGAGUGUUGUGUAUUUUUUAAUAAGUCAGUCUUAUAGUAUGAUGAAGGGGUCGGAAGAUAAAGAAUCAAAUAAAGAAUUCAUCCCUGCAAGAAUUCCACGUAAACAUCCAAAAUAUACUGGCAUCGACAAGGUGCACACUGCUACGGACUAUGAACGAUCAGAAACACAAAAUUUAUCAAAUGAUGACAAAAAACCAACACCAAGUAAAUCAAGCAACGAUGGAAUCAGUUAUCACACCUAUGAAAACAAUACAUCUUUUAUGAAAAAUACAAAACUAGAAAAUGUAGAAAGUAAAACAGGUCUAGAACAAAAAGGAGCCCUGCCUAUCAAAAAUGAAAAGAAAGAUUUUAUGGUAGAAAACAAAAAAAAAAUUAUACUUAACUAUAAAUUAACUCAUACACUGGUUGGACAUAAGAAGGCAGUUUCGUCUGUAAAAUUCUCACCUGAUGGGAAAUGGCUAGCAAGUUCAUCAGCUGAUGCCACUAUACAUUUAUGGGAUCCAUGUACUGGCAAUCUGUAUGCAGUUUUAGUUGGACAUGUCUUGGGAAUAUCUGACAUUAGCUGGAGUUCAGAUAGCAAGUAUCUAUGUAGUGGAUCAGAUGAUAAGACGAUUAUUAUUUGGGACAUACUGAGCCAUGAGCCUUUGAAGAUGCUGACAGGACAUUUGCAUUAUGUUUUUUGCGUGAACUUCAAUCCAGCAUCUAACAUGAUUGUGUCUGGGUCUUUUGACCAAUCCGUGCGUAUUUGGGAUGUAAAGAGUGGAAGAUGUAUUCGUAUGCUGAGCUCUCAUUCAGAUCCAGUUAGUGCGGUCCAUUUCAAUCUAGACGGAACCCUAAUUGUUUCUGCGUCGCUAGAUGCUACGAUCCGGAUUUGGGAUGUACAAAAUGGACAAUGCCUGAAAACAUUAAUAGACCCGGACAGAUCAUCUGUGUCCUUUGUUAAAUUUAGCCCGAAUUCAAAAUUUAUUCUCGCAAGCACCCUAGAUAGCAGAUUACAGCUUUGGAAUUAUCAGACUGGAGAACUUCUUAAAGUUUAUCAAGGACACAAAAAUACUAUGUUUUGUAUUUUUGCCACUUUUUCAAUUACAUAUGGAAAAUGGAUAGUUUCAGGAAGUGAAGAUCAUCACUUGUACCUAUGGGAUAUUCAGACAAAGCAAAUUCAACAAAUUUUAAAAGGUCAUUCUGAUGUCGUUAGCUCGGUAGAUUGUCAUCCAUUUAAAAAUAUUAUUGCAUCGGCCGCACUUGAGCAUGACCCUACAGUAAGAUUGUGGGAACACAAAAAUACCACAGACGAAUGAUGUUCAAUAGUGUUUAACUUUUUAACAUACAACUGAAUACACUAUCAUAAAAAAAUAUCUAUAU